AUGGAUUGUAAUCAAUAUAGCCAAAGCUCAAAGUUUGUUGAGCUUCUCAAUAGCCAACAACAAACUGUCUUCGGUUUUUCCCAAGAGAGUGUCGAACAAACUGCAGAGCGUAAGGAAAUGAGGAAGUGGAGUCCAGUACAUGACCUUGUGCUCAUCAGCUCCUGGCUCAACACUAGCAAGGACCCUGUUGUGGGGAAUGAGCAGCGAUGUGGCACUUUCUGGAAAAGGAUUGCCGCAUACUUUGCGGCAAGUCCUAAGGUUGCAGUGUCUGAACAGAGAGACUGGAGCCACUGCAAGCAACGCUGGCAGAAGAUUAACGACAUAGUGAACAAGUUAUGUGGGGCUUAUGAAGCAGCAAGCAGAGAGAAAAGGUCCGGUCAAAAUGAGAAUGAUAUGGUGAAGCUAGCUCAUGAGAUCUUCUACAACAACCACAAGAAAAAAUUCAACCUCGAACAUGCUUGGAAAGAGCUUCGAAAUGACCAGAAAUGGUGCGAGGUUUCUACUUCAAAAACCCAAGCAAGCGCUAAAAGAAGGAAGUUUGAAGACGGUGCCCAAUCAUCAAGCUCUCAGGUCAAUGAAACCACCACAGCUGAAGAUGAUCAAGGAAGCAAUCGACCACCGGGUGUUAAGGCGGCAAAGGGGUUUGAUAAGAAGAAGAUGGCAGAGUCGAAGGCAUUGAUUGCGUUUGAGUCUAUGUGGAGCAUCAAGAAGGAAGAAAUGGCUUUGAAAGAAAAGAUGACCAAGAUGAAGCUAUUGGAUAGUCUACUUGCAAAAAACGAACCACUGGCUGAGUAUGAAGAAGCUUUGAAGAAGAAACUCAUUAAUGAAUUGCUUUGUACUUAG